AUGGCUCCUCGGAAGAUUAUCAUAGACACCGACCCGGGAGUCGAUGACAUUCUGGCAAUACUGCUGGCUUUCUCAGCACCACCGGAGAAGCUUCAAGUGUUACUAAUCUCCGUGACGUACGGCAACAUAGACGUCCAAAAUUGCUUACGCAAUGCGAUCUCACUCUUCUAUCAUGUGGAAAAGAAGAUCAGAUGGCGUGAAAGCGUUGGACGGAGCUGCGGAUUUGAAACUCUACGAAAGUCGAAGCCUGUAGUUGCUGUGGGCCCUGAAGGUCCGCUCACUGAUAAUACUUUGAUGGCUGAUUUCCUCUAUGGACGAGAUAGGCUUGGCCGAGUCCGCUCGAGCCACCUGCAUCUGACUCCCAGCGAGACGUGGGAGCACGUCUUCGAAGUUGCAAUCAAGUCAACUGCUCCUGAGCAAGGUAAAAUAGCCGAAGAGAUGAACAAGAUGGACUCUCUGUUCACACAAUCUCAAAGACCUGCACAUUUGGAGAUACUGAAAUCCUUGCGCGACAAUGAACCUGACAGCAUUACUAUCGUGGCAAUCGGUCCCAUGACGAACCUCGCCCUUGCGGCAGCGGAAGAUCCGGAAACAUUCUUGAAAGUCAAGGAAAUUGUGGUCAUGGGCGGUUGUAUUGAUGAAGCCGCCAACGUAGGCUAUCAAUCUCUCUCCCAUCCAAAGCAGGUUCCAAAAAUCAACGAGCCGUCUUUCAGGCUCAUCAAACAAGCACCAGGUCCUAUUCGAGAUAUGCUGAAUAUUCGAAAUCAGAUGACGCCUAUUGCGGAGUUCAACACUUAUGCAGACCCUGUGGCGGCGGCACGAGUGUACGCUCUCACAUCGCCAAAACCGCACACAACGAUGCCGCCGGGACCACCGCCACCUCUCGGCUCGGGGAGGGGCAUUCCGCCUCCACCCUCCCUCUCUUCUUACCCAGACAACCUUUCAAAGAGGUUGAAGUUCACAUUGUUUCCCGUGGACAUCACUGGGAAGCACGUGCUCACUCGGGGCGAUUUCGACGCUUCUCUUCAGCCACACCUAGCUGCAAAGUCGCCUUUGGCAGAAUGGGUUUCAGCUUUUAUGAGCGCUACGUUUGACAAAACCGAAUCACUUUGUCCAGAGGUUUCCAGUGACGCUGUGGAAGUGCAAGUCCAUGAUCCGCUGACCACGUGGUAUUGCGUGGAUGAUGACAAUCCUAAGUGGAAGUUCAAUGAGGCUGAAGAUCUAAGGGUGGAGACCACAGGUCAGUGGACAAGAGGAAUGUUUGUGACUAAUCAAAACACUCGAGAUCAGAAGGACGACCACGGCGAUAGUGAAGCAGCUGGGGAAACCGACUGGAUGACAGAAGGUAACGGCAAUCGCAUCAAUCGAUGUGUCCGUUCCCCUGGACAGGAUACUUUCGGUCGGCUUCUCCUCAAACGAAUUUUUGGCGCAUAA